UUUCAUUUGUUAAUAUUUCACGAUUUUAUUGAUACAAUUGUAUAAAUUUGAUGUGUAGGUAUAAAUAGUUCUUGCAACGUUUUUUUUAUGGUAUUUCAAAAUUGAAAAUGUUAUCUAUUACAUUAUUAAUCGUUGCGCUUAGUGUUGGGCAUAUUUCUAAUGCCGCAUUUCAAAUACCAGAAGUGAGUGUUAAAGUAUUACAGCCAAAAGGCUUUGAAGUUUCAAUUCCAGAUGAACAAGGUAUUGUAUUAUUUGCGUUCCAUGGAAAAAUAAACACAGCACUUAGAUCAGCGGAAGCCGGAUCAUUUUCGCAGGACAUUAGAUCAGCAACAAAGAGUAGAUGGGUAUUUACUGACAAUUCCACACCACUUACACCUGGUGAUAUUUUAUAUUAUUGGGUAUAUGUGGAACACAAUGAUGGUAGUGGAGUCCGUGGAUAUCCAAGUAUUAUUCAAACUUAUAAAGUACCUAAUCAAUCGGCAGAGAAAACGAAUCCAAAAACGACAUCCUCUGUAAAUCCAACAAUUGCUACCGAUGAAUGUAAUCCAACAGAAACUACUGUAAGUGGUACUCUGAAACCUGCACAAAUAUGUUCCGGCCAAUUAAUAUUUAGUGACGAAUUUGAUACUCUUGACUUUGAAAAAUGGGAACAUGAAAACACAUUAGCCGGAGGUGGAAAUUGGGAAUUUCAAUGGUAUACAAAUAACCGUUCAAAUAGUUUUGUUAAAGAUGGCGCUCUUAAUAUUCAUCCUACUUUGUUAUCCGAACAAUAUGGUGAAGGAUUUUUAACUAGUGGAACAAUCGAUCUUAACGGUGGAGCUCCAGCUGAUCAAUGCACAAAUGCGGCAUUUUAUGGAUGUAUUCGAUCUGGAAACGGCGAUAAUAUAUUAAAUCCAAUAAAAUCAGCACGUAUUCGAACUGUUGAUACAUUCAGUUUUAGAUACGGAAGAAUUGAAAUAAGAGCAAAAACACCACAAGGUGAUUGGCUUUGGCCAGCUAUAUGGUUAAUGCCACGAUACAAUGCUUACGGGGGUUGGCCAACAUCAGGUGAAAUUGAUUUACUCGAGUCACGCGGUAAUUUACAACUAUCACAAAAUGGUAACCAAAUUGGAGCUCAACAAGUCUCAUCCACUUUACAUUUUGGACCAGAUCCAAAUCAUAAUGGUUUUUUGAAUGCACAUUUCGAAAAAAAUUCAAAUAAUGGGUAUUACGAUACGUUCCAUGAUUAUAAACUAGAAUGGUCGCCAGAUUCUCUUAAAUUUUACUACGAUAAUGAAUUAGUUGGUACUGUGGCACCUCCUGGUGGAGGAUUUUGGGAAUUAGGUGGUUUCCAAAACUCUGGAAUACAAAACCCAUGGUCUGGUGCAUCAAAAAUGGCACCUUUUGAUCAACAAUUUUAUCUUAUUAUCAAUUUAGCUGUAGGUGGUACAAAUGGAUUUUUCCCGGAUGGAGUAUCAAAUCCAAAUGGAAAACCAUGGAGUAAUACUUCACCAACGGCUGCACGUGACUUUUGGAAUGGUCGAAAUAAUUGGUUACCAACAUGGAACUUAAAUUCAAAUGAUAACGCAAAUUUCAAAAUAGAUUAUGUUCGAGUAUAUGCACUAUAGUUUAAUAAAAAUAAAUAAAUAAGGUAGAAAAAUUUGUAAAAGUAAAGAUAAAAGUUUCAUUUAAAAAUUAACUAGAAUAUUCCAUUCAUUUUUUUGA